GGAACAUGUCACAGGUGAUGUAGAUUUCUUUAAUAUUGUGCCAAGCCUAGCGCGCAAUAUAUAUGCCUCCCCCGCCAAUACAUACCUAUAAUACCAUCUCUCUCUCUUGGUGUUUUAUGCUUUUUCCUUCACGGCCCUGAAUAAGCUCACACACACUCUACGGAAUCGGGAUAAAGGCUCAUUGAGAUUUGCGUAAUGGCGGGUAUUGCAAUUUUAGGAGCUGGCAUUUUUGCUACAGAAGAACACCUGCCCGCGCUUGUGCUAAACAAGGCGAACAUCAAGGCAGUCUAUUCCCGUUCCAAAUCUACUGCAUCUACACUUGUAGCAGAAGCAAGCAAACUCGGUGUUACUGAUCUUGAGCUUUACUCAGAAGACACCUCUGGGCACACGCUCGAUGAUCUUCUUAAGCGCAGCGAUAUUGAAGCGGUGAUCAUUGUCUUACCAAUUCUGGUGCAACCGUCAAUUGUCAGGCGCUGCUUAGCUGCCGGGAAGCAUGUACUUUGCGAAAAGCCAAUCGCCAAAGAUGUCGCAACUGCUCGCGAAUUAAUCGAGGACUACAACAAGCUGUACGCAAGCAAAGGACCCAUUUUCAACAUUGCUGAGCAAUUUAGAUUUAUGCACGAGUUUGAACUUGGUCGAAAAUGGAUCGUUGAAGAAAAAGCAGUCGGUGAUAUUACCCAGGCGCACCUCAAAAUAUGGCGCAAUCAACCUCCCGAGGGGAAAUGGUACGAAACGCCGUGGCGAAAAGUGCCGGAAUAUCAGGGCGGCUUCUUACUUGACGGUGGAGUCCAUCAAACUGCUAUGCUUCGCUACAUUUCAGGCCAAGAGGUUGUUGAGACAGCAGGUUUUGCCCGUCAGGUUUUGCCCCAUUUACCGCCUCUCGAUACUCUCAAUGCCGGCAUCCUCUUGAGUGGUGGAGGAACUGGGACCAUCUCAAUGUCGUUUGCAUCAACACGACGAGCUUCGGAGCUUACUAUUAUCGGAUCAAAGGGCAGCUUCUUCCUGACUGAUGGCCCCGAUGGUUUCGUACUGUCUCUGGAUCUUGCGACAGGAGAGAGUAGAUCAGAGAUAAUACGGAGUAAAGGGGUGGAACUGGAAAUUAAAGCAUUCCUAGAGGCUGUUAAAACCGGGAAGUCGCAAAAGAAGGCGGGCCCAGAAGAAGCACUGAACGAUCUGGCAAUUAUAGAGAGCAUGUGCUCUGGCGGGGGCAAAGUAGAACUAUACUAAGACGAACUCUGUCUUCUUCGUUUUGGUGGGAAUUUACAGAUAAACUAUUGACUGUUGUGUAAUACAAUAGAGCUAAGAUGUAAUACGCAUGUAUUUAUUCGAAAUGGAUGAACUGUUGACAACGAAUCUGAGGGGUGUCCACCGAAACAGCAAAUAGAGAAAAGGCAGUGGGUAUAACUCUACCUCCAGACAAACACUAAACAAUUGAUAUGAUGGUUUAUCCAUACACACACAUAGAGAUAUAGGUACUUUAAAAAGGAUGGGAAUGUCUCCGCUCGUCAACACACCACUCAAGGUUCCAGUCAAACCUCAUGGAGGGGUAACGGAGCUAUGUUUCCCGAGGGAAGCACCGCUCCUGUGCAGUUGAC